AUGGCUGGGCUCGACCAGUCGGAUGCCUCUGAAGCUCUUUUGCGCGUUCUUCAGAAAGUAUGUUUAGGUGGCAAAGAUGCUUUCACUGAGGCGUUGGGCAGCCAAACAUUCAAAGUUGCACGUCUGGUCUCCAAAGCGCUGCGUGACGUUGUGGAUGGCAGCCUUCUCAACGUCACGAUCAUUGUAGCACCAAUGCAUAAGGGUCUUGUCGGACGAGGAUGCCGUUCCCCUCUCUGGAGAUGGCACCGACUUCGCGAGCUCACGCUUUCGGUACGUCCCGAUAAAUACGACAAAGGUGGCGUGGAAGCUGUAACGCUGUUUACGCUUCCAUUUGUAAGUCAGCCGUUGGAGUCGCUGCAGCAAAUCGAGGCGCUACGCUUGUACGCUGCAAACGAACGGCCGUUGCCGACGGCGGGCUUGGGGUGGUUAUUCUGCCGGUUACCCAACCUUCGAUACAUCUAUUUCGGGACAAUCCUUUCAUCCGAGGCGGCACAACAGCUGCUUCUCUACAAUGCUCUGGCUCCUCUUUCGCGUUUGGAAAGCCUGUCGCUACCGACGCUUUUUCUCUUGCAGCAUAUCGGACCGCUUGCAGACCGUCUUAAGGAUGUCGAGUUCUGCGACGUGUGCAGUAGGCCCGACCAUGAGGCCCUCCUGGAGACGGAUUGGCUCAUCCCUGCGGUGGCACAGCUGCGGGAGCUGAGACAGCUGAAAGUCCGCUUUUAUAGAGGCGGCUUAUUUGGUGUUGCUGGCAUCGUUGAGCUGCUCCACAAUCUCCCGGCAGGAUUGGAGCACCUCCAAAUCGCCCUGGACAUGCUCGAUGACCCAGACGACCCGAUAGCCACGGACCACACGGUCGAACUCACCUUUGAGGCGCGCCGCAUCACCUCGGUCGAGCUUCCCGUACCAUUGCUUCUGGACCGCUUUGCCACGUUUGUGUGCGCUAUCCUGCUGCCGUGCUACAGGCUGUCCCCGGUUCUGCCGCUCAUGCGUCUUAGGGGUGUCCAAGUGCGCAACAACUCCCUUAGUGAACAGCAGUUACAGCAGCUCCGUGAGCUGGCAGGUAGGUGCCGGCGUCUGGAGGUGGAGGCGCUCUACCUGGAAGAGGAAAAGGUGGAUUAUCAGCUCUUCCUCAAUGUUAUUGAGGUACUCGGGUUGCCACAGAAGGUCUUCUUCGUGGAUGGGAUCUCCUGCUGCCAGCUUCUGGGUCCAGUCCCCCACCCGGCAGCCGCCGCAGUGGCAGGCGUGUUCCGCACGGACACCGCCGCAGUGGCAAUGUUGGUGGAGUGCAGAUCUCUGGAAUGCGCCAUGAUGGUUGCGAUGGUGGCGCGGCUGGCGCUCAAUGUCAGCGGCGGCGGUGUGGGCUCCACCGCAGCGGCUUCUGUGGAGAUGUGCGCCUUGCCUGCGAAGCCGCUCCACUACUGGGGCACAGCCUCGUGGCUGUGGCAGGAGUCGUUCAGGGUGCUUCAGGAGUUUUGGGACAGCGGUUUGGGCGGCAGCGAGCCAGAGCGGUUGCGCUUGUUAUUGGAUCUGGGCUACCUGGCAGCGGAUGGCUCCUUGGUGGUGAACUUCAUUGACCAAUUCAGGAUAGGGGCAGGCAGCGAGCCGCCCAACGGCGUUGACCAGCAACAAGAGUAG